UUGCUUAAUUUUUAAAAAAAGUAUGUUUUCAAAUUUGCCCGUUAAUGGCUACAAGAAGAAGAUUUUAGUGUCUGGAUCUGUGGCAAAAAAAAUCGCUAAAUAUUGGCAACUUAGAGGGAGCGGCUCACAAGAAACUUUAAAAAAAAACAUCGCAGAAGAAGUAUAACUUGUAUUGACCCGUGUUUCAUUUCUUGUUUUGGGUUUUACUAUGGCUGUAAUGCUCCAAAAUGAGUUUCCUAACAUGUAUGGACGUAAAACAGACAGAGUUUUUACAGAAGAAGACUUUAAUAAAUCGCACAUAUUAUUCGAUGAGCGAGAAAUAUUUGAUUUUAUUCGAGACAUUAAAGAUCCAGAACAUCCUAUGUCCUUGGAAGAGCUUGGUGUUGUAGAAUUGGAAUUGAUCCAACUCAAUGAAGAUUCUAAAAUUUGUCUGGUGGAAUUCAAGCCUACCAUUCCUCAUUGUAGCAUGGCAACAUUGAUUGGAUUGGCUAUCAAAGUCCAUCUUUUAAGACUAAUGCCAAUAUCUUUCAAGGUGGAUGUUCGUAUUCCUCCAGGAUACCAUAAUUCUUAUAAUGCUAUUAAUAAACAGCUUGCUGAUAAGGAAAGAGUGUCUGCUGCUUUAGAAAAUCAGUAUUUACUGGGAGUCAUUAAUGAUUGUUUAUUACUUUCUGAUCCUCAAGACCUGCCACCUUUUAUUGAAACUGCUCUGAAAGACUCAAAGAAGUUAGAUGACCCUAAAAUUAAAUACAUACAAUAUAGUAGGCAACAUAUAGAAUCCUAUCGUCGAUGGAAGGACAUUAUUAAUAACCAAACAAAUAGAUGUCACUUGACCUAUAUUGCUUAAUUUGAUUCAUUAUUGUUUUUGUUAAAUAUUGUAUUUUCCUUUUGUAUUUUUAGAUUUUUAUUUUUCAUUAAGUUACUACAUCAUUAAAUUUAAAAAUCUAACUCAUUCCUGUGUAUAUAAAGUUCUUCUCUUGUUAAGUUAAGAAUUAGUUUUUUAACUUAUUGAAAGAUAAAAAUGAAAUUGCAGUUUUGUUGUUAAAAGAAGUCAUAAAUAUGAUUGUAAAACUCUGUAUUACAAAAUAAGGAUAUAUUAAAAUUAUAAUCAUUAUCUUA